UUUUUAUUGGAGGAUCUGUUUAUUUUUUGUUUUGUUCAUUCAGCAUUAAGACAGAGGUUGCAGCGAAGGAGUCGCCAUAUCUGCAGUUAUUUUUUUAUGGCUUAAUGUGGACAAUGGAUAUUUUAUCUCUGACAACAACCUGUAAAAUGGACCUAUACAUGUUUCCAUUCGACACACAACACUGCAAUCUAACCCUUCAAUCUUUAGCCUGUACAGAGGAACAGCUAAAAUUGUAUGAGGGCUAUUCUUCAAAAGACCUUACCUUAGAAUCUCAGGACAUCUUUCAAACUGAGGGAGAGUGGGAACUGCUCAAUAUAACAACAUCUACAACUGAAUCUGAUACUGUGUGGAUCACCAUCAAGAGGAGACCUCUGCUGUAUAUCAUCAACUUAAUUUUUCCAGUAUUUUGUUUCCUUGUGCUGGAUGUGGCCUCCUUCUUCAUAAAGGCAUCUGCAACAGACAAGCUGAGUUUUAAAGUGACUUUACUGCUCUCCAUUUCUGUGUUACUGCUGAUUCUUAAUGACAAGCUGCCAUCUACAGCUAGUAAAAUCCCAUUGAUUGGGAUUUACUGUGGUGGGAUUUUCACACUUAUUGGCCUAAGCAUUCUGGAGACCAUCUUUGUGAAUUUUCUGAUAACUGUAGGAGAAGAAACCAAAUCAGAAGCACAAGAGGAAACCAAAGCUGCUGCAAAUGCUCAUCAUGAUGGUGUAGACACAGUUACCAAAAUUGAAGAGCCAACAUGUUCAGUCAACCCUCAAAAGAAGGCAUCACUAUACUGGACCAGGGCAGCAAUGAUCUUUGAUGUGACCUUCAUUGUUCUUUACAUAAUCACUGUUAUUGUGUUUCUGUCCAUUCUUGGCAAGAUUUGGUUUCUGUUGUAA